UAGGGGAGUUGGAGCUAUAUUAGUUAUUGGGCCACUGCAUUUCUAAAAGGAAGAAAAGCACCUGGACUGUGGCCUGGUUUUUCUCAGGUUGAAAGUUACUUUUAAAGGAAUGUCAUUAUGUAAAAGCAGUUUAAAUUCUUAUUUUGUUGUAUUUUUCAGAGGUAUAGAUAAAGCGUGUGAAUCUCUUUGAUGUACAGUAAUUGAAAAAGUAAUUGAAGAAAGAAAAUGUUUGAAGUGUUUAUAUUGAAGAUUGAAAAUCCAUGGUGCUUUUGGGGCUACAUAAAAGGAGGUGGAAGUAUUGUAGAAAACGAAAUGGAAUAUAAAGAACUUCAAUCUGAAAUGAAUCUGUUCUAUAAUAAAUUCCACAGAUAUGUGGAUGAUAUCAAGCCAUCGGUAUUGGAAGAGGGCCAGGUUUGUGUUGUUUAUUGUCAGGAAAUGAAAUCCUGGUGCAGAGCUGUUGUUAAAUCAAUCAUACCAUGUACAGAUUAUUACAUUGCUGAGUGUUUCCUUGUGGAUUAUGCCAAGAGUGUCCCUGUGAAAACAGACCGGAUUUGUGUUGCCUUGGAAUCAUUUAUGAGAUUACCCUACAGAGCAAUAAAAUUUAGACUGUAUGGUACAAAACCGGUCACACUGCGUGUCGACUACUAUAAUGACAUUGCUAAGACAGUCCCUGCCAACCGCUGGGAUAUAGCAGCUAUCCACUACUUCCAAAAUCUCCUGAAUGCAACCACCAAGGUGGAGGCCAAGUUAUGUGCUGUUGAAGAAGACAGUUUUGAUGUUGAUCUCUAUGUCACAAUAAAGGAAGAAAAGAUAUGUGUGAAUGAUGAUCUUGUUGCCAAAAAGUUUGCUUUCUAUGAGGCACUGAACAGUACAACAAUUAGUGCUGUGGAAGACCAGAAAAGAGAAACACCAUUAAGCCUUGAGCCUCUUUCAGAGGAGAUCAAUCCUGCACUUGUUCUGUGGCCAAUGUUGUUGCAAGCCAAGGAAACAAAGGCUUUUGAAACAUGUGCUUCUGCUUCUGAUGAUGUUAAAAAAACAACUUGCAAUAAUUUGCAGGAAACUGAUUUAGCCAGUGAAGAAACAGAGUCUGCUGUAAUGGUGCCGGUUCCUCCUUUAAAACAAGGCAUAACUGUUUCCUUGCAGGCGGAUAUACAAGCAGACAGCACCUUAUGUAAGGAAACUACUAAAACACAAGAACUGGAGAAAGAUCUUUAUGAGAAAAAUAUUGGUGUGAAGCUUCUACAAUUUUUAAAUCCUUUGAAAGCUGUUGAUGGACAAGAUGAGACAAAGAAGUUACAAGUGAAUACCGGUGCAUUUCGUCCUGCUGUCCUUAAUAAAAAAAUGGAACCAUGUUCAUCUCUUGAAACAGCACCACUAUUUCCAACUCUGAAAAAGGAACUUCUAAGGAAUCAGUUCCCAGGACCUAAUCAUGUACAGUCUUAUUCGUGGCCACCAAUAGCUCGCGGAUGUGAUUCAGUUAUUAUCUCUCCUGAAAACGAUCCACUGCUAUAUCUUCUGCCAAUUAUUACGUUUUUGCAGUCAAGAAGUUGCUAUGUAUCACUGCCAGCUCGGAGUGGUCCAGUCGCAUUAAUCCUGUGCCCAAGACAGAAGAAAGCAGAACUGGUGUUUGAAUUUCUAGAAACUUACAGCCAUUGUUCCAGGCCUAUUCACCCAAUAUUGCUCUUACUGGGAAUGAAUAAGGAAGAAAUACAGAGCACAAGAAUUCCAAGAGGAUGUGAGGUCCUUAUAACAACCCCAUAUACCCUACUGAGGUUGCUUGAAUAUCACAGCUUACUGUUCCUCAGGCUCUGCCAUCUUGUGCUUGAUGAAAUUGACGUGCUGUUUGCUGAAGCCAGCAUAGAAAUAUUUAGUAUUCUAGAAUAUUACAAAACAGCCUUGAACGUUGAAGAGAAAGAAUCUGCACCUCAGCAGAUCGUUGCUAUCGGAAGGCACUGGAGCAAAAACAUAGAACGCUUAACCAAAGAGUUCAUGAAUGAUCCGUAUGUUGUGAUCACAUCCAUGGAAGAAGCUGCCAUAUAUGGCAAAGUGCAACAGGUGGUGCAGCUUUGCCUUGAGUGUGACCGAAUCUCUACUUUACUUCAAACAUUGGACUUUACUCCUACUAAUGUUCAGAAAACAUUGAUUUUCACCAGUUCCACAGAAGAAACAGAUAUAAUUUACAAGGCAGUGGAGAGCACUUCAAUAUUUUGUUUGAAAAUGCACCCAGACAUCGAAUUUCAUUUUGAUUAUGUUUUAGAGCAAUGGAACAAAAAAUUUAGCUCUGGCACACAUGUUGUACUAGUUUUAACCGAUGAUUGCAUAAAAACCCUAGGAAUUACUGAUGCAACUCGGGUCGUUCAUUUCAGUUUUCCUGCAUCUCCAAGAAUUUUCGGUGCACGCUUAUACAGCUUGUCUGAUAACUUCCAAAACUCAGUUGGAAAGAUUUCGUCUCUGGAAAAAGAACAGCCAAAUGCAAAAUCUAUCUUGCUGUUGACAGAAAAGAGUGCAUCCCAUGCUGUUGGAGUAAUGCAUUAUUUAAAACGCACAGAAACCAACAUUCCACCUGAAUUAUGCAACUUUACAUCUGGAGUGCUGGAGGCCAAAGAAGACAGAAAGAAAGGAAGGCCUCUCUGUCGCUACCUUAAAGCAUAUGGAGUUUGCAAGGAUAAGAAACGCUGUCCAGAUCGACAUCGAGUUAGUUUACAAAUAGAUAUGCUACAAAAGGUAACAAAUGAAACUUUGCCUGCAACUGGAAAUGUAACGAUCCUCCCUCUUUUUAUUGUGGAUGCCACAAACUACUUUGGCCGCAUUGUCAGUAAACAGAAAGAUCCAUAUGCAGCUCUUGCAGAUGAAAUGAAUGCAUAUUAUAAAAAAUCUAAGAAUCUUGUCCCUGCUGACCCAUUGGAGAAGCUAGCAAUGUAUGGAUUACGUGAAGAAAACACUUUCCACAGGGUUCAGGUGCUUGAAGUACCACCCAAAGAAGAAAACUGUGUAUUUUAUAGCAUUCAUAUCAAGUAUAUAGAUGAAGGCAGAUUUGGUCAAGUUCAAAAUUUUAAAUUGCUUCACUUACCUGAACAAUUCCAAGCUUUGCCCCCUCAAGCAGUGGAAUUUAUUGUUUGUCGAGUUAAACCUAUUGAUAAUGAAGUGGAGUGGAAUCCAAAAGUUACGAGAUUCAUUAAUCAGAUGAUCAGAGGGAAACCUCAUGAAGCAAAAAUAGUACUUGCUUUGGGGAACACAAUUUGGGUGGAUCCAGUGGUUCGUGUCACCAGACUUCUAGAUCUGAAAACAUCUAUUAAUGAAUAUAAUAUUCGUUCUGAGAUCCUGUCUACUGGAAUGGGAAUUGACAACCCAGAACACAUCAGUGAACUCCAGAAGUUAUAUAGAGAUGCUGAAACAGUUCAGGAGGAAAAGGACUUACCUGCAUUGAUACAUCCUCUGAAGUGUGGGGUGAGUGAGCAGGACACACCUCCUUCACAAAGCAUCUUGGACCAGGCUACUCUCAAUUCACAGGCCUCCAAAGAACAAGCCUUAUCCAAUGUGCAGAAUGAUGUGCAAGAGGGUGAUAUUAUUACCAAUCAGAGUUUUUCUCAAGAAACUUUACAAAAUCAUCCAGAUGAAAUGACUGCAGCUAAGAAAGCAGAUGAAUGUCUACAGCCAUCUCAUGAAUGGUAUCAAUUUUAAUUGUUUUGUUUGGAGCUUAUGUCAUUCCCAGUCUCAAUGCCUUGAGUGGGUAGCAAUGUUUUUUCUUUGCUCUCCUUCCCUAUCCCAGACCACCAAAGGUAGUUUCAUGUCAUUCUUUGAAGAAGUGCAGGCAUGGACUUUGGCAAGCCUUAAAAGAAAGGGAACUCCAAAGUUUGGUGGGGGCAGCCUCUGUGAGUCCUUGUGGGUCCUUGAAGUACAUAGUGUAUUUCAGUAAAACGUUACCAAGGUUAGGCUCCUCUGGGCUUUCUAGGCUAUCGCCACAAGCACCUGAAGAUGGGCCAUAGUGUUGGCACUAUCUAAAGCAGGCAUCCCCAAACCGGCCCUCCAGAUGUUUUGGACUACAAUUCCCAUCUUCCCUGACCACUGGUCCUGUUAGCUAGGGUCAUGGGACAACAACAACAACAACAACAAUAAUAAUAAUAAUAAUAAUAAUAAUUAAUAAAUAAUUUAUUAUUUACACCCCGCUCAUCUGGCUGGACUUCCCCUGCCACUCUGGGCAGCUUCCAACAAACAUUAAAAUACAUCAAAUAUCACAGAUAAAAAACUUCCCUAAACAAGGCUGCCUUUAGGUAUUUUCUAAAUGUCAGGUAGUUGUUUAUCUCUCUGACCUCUGAUGGGAGGGUGUUCCACAGGGCGGGUGCCACUACCGAAAAAGCCCUCUGCCUGGUUCCCUGUAGCUUUGCUUCUCGCAGUGAGGGAACCGCCAGAAGGCCCUUGGCGCUGGACCUCAGUGUCCGGGCAGAAUGAUGGGGGUGGAGACGUUCCUUCAGGUAUACUGGACUGAGGCCGUUUAGGGGUUUAAAGGUCAGCACCAACACUUUGAAUUGUGCUCAGAAACGUACUGGGAGCCAAGUAGGCCAAAACAUCUGGAGGGCCACAGUUUGGGGAUGCCUGAUCUAAAGUCACAGAGCUGCUGACAGCACCUCUAUAUCAAGCUUGUAUAGUUCAGCUUUGAAAAUAUGAAGGCCUGAGUGUUGACAGCUGGUUUUCUGGAGGUAUGCAGAAGGACUCUAGAAAGCAGUGGGUUAAUGCGCCCACCACCCAGAGAGGCAGGGGCAGGUGAGUUGAAACUGAGUCCUGGGCAGCUCCAAAGUGUUGCCCCUCUAGCUCUUUUCCUGACCUUGUCUAGAAACAGUGUUCAAAACUCCCAUUGUUCUAGGCGCAUUUUAUGACACACAAUUUCAUUAGCGCAAGCAGUUUCUGAGCUCUGGGCACAGUACUGUGCCGAAGAUUUCAGAUUAAAAGUGCAGAGCAGAAGGAAAGGAGGACCCUUUUCUGCCUCUCCACUUCGAGCUACUCUCUGAAGACUGGAGAAGAG